ACAUGGACGCAAAUGAUUCAGUCAAAGAACGGCUGCAUUGUAGAAGAGCCACACAACAUUCAAUGUUGGAUCAUGUAGCUACAGUAGCGUGUCCUCAGUACAAAAGUAGUGACCUAGAUUUCCCUCUUGUGAUGUGGUUAGGUUUCUACGAGCGGCUGUGUAGAAAUCUUCCCAUUCUUGAGGUCCAAAACAGACAACAAGUCCUGGAGCUAACUCGCGGUUUACGGGAGCGUUCAGCCUAAAGCAACACUUUAUGCAAGGAAUUUGUUCUGAGUUUAAAUUCACGCUAAAACUACCAAAAUGGAGAUUCGCGAAGGGGCAGCAGCAGCAGUAGGCGACAACGUGCUUGACUACUCCCGUUUGAGCCUGGACACUUUCUCCGUCGACAGUGUUAGCGACGAGAGGAAGAAGGACACAAAACAGCUCUACCUGAACUACAACCGGUUAGCCUCGCUGCCCUCGUCGGUCAGCCUUUUCUGCAACCUCGAGUUUUUGGACAUCAGCAACAACGGGCUGUCGGCCAUCUGUGAGGGGAUAACACGGCUGCCCAGGCUGAGGCAGCUGAUAGCCAAGAACAACCGACUGGACGAGUUCUCGCUGCCCAAAGAGUUCGGCUCUCUGCAGCUGGAAGUGUUGAACUUUAGUGGGAAUAGAUUCGAGGAGAUACCACUUCAGUGUAUGAAGCUGGUCCGUCUGCAGUCGCUUUCCCUCGGCGGAAACCGAUUGAAAAGCAUACCUUCAGAGAUAGAAAACCUAACCAGUCUGGAGCUGUUAUAUCUGGGUGGAAAUUUCAUCACAGCCAUUCCUCCAGAAGUGGCUAACCUGCCCUACCUCAGCUACCUGGUCCUGUGUGACAACCGCAUCCAAAGUGUCCCCCCGCAGCUCACCAGGCUCUACUCAUUGCGAUCUUUAAGUCUCCACAACAACUUGCUCACCUACCUACCGAGGGAGAUCCUCUCCCUUGUGCAUCUGCAAGAGCUCAGUCUCCGUGGCAACCCACUGGUCGUGCGCUUUGUCAAGGAGAUGACCUACGACCCUCCGUCGCUGCUAGAGUUGGCAGCCCGCACCGCCAAGAGCCGGAAUGUUCCCUACUCGCCCUGCGACCUGCCCUCCAACCUGCUCGGCUACCUGGACCUGGCCAGCAAGUGCCCCAACCCCAAGUGUGCCGGCGUCUACUUUGAUUCAUGUGUGCGCCAGAUCAAGUUUGUGGACUUCUGUGGAAAGUACCGGCUGCCCCUCAUGCACUACCUGUGCUCCCCAGAGUGCACGUCUCCCUGCAGCUCCAACCCCCAGAGCGACGCCGAGUCAGAGGACGAGAGCAGCGUGCCCGCCUACCGCCUGCAGAGGGUGCUUCUGGGAUAGCACGACGUUAUGGAGCAGCCUCUGAGCCUGUCAGUCCUGUCACUGUUAACCACUUAUACAGAGAUGAACCUGGCUGUCAGACUUUACUCCACAUAAACUCAGACACACUGACACACAGUAAUGCUACUUUACUGUCUGGAACAACUUCCUCCUACGGACCUGGAAACAUAUUGACUUCAUUUGAUUGGAUAUAAAGAAUCCGUUCUCUCACCACAUAUUACACUACGUAAAACAAGUGAAGAAGACCUUAUUGUUCCAAGCAGAGGUUGCGCUAGACUUUUUCGCUGCCCGUCAUUUUGACGGACAGGAUCGUAAAACUUCCGUCAAAAUCCAGAAUAACCCGUCGGCCUUUACACAACUCUGACGAGGGUGGGGGGGGGGCGAUAGCAUGCUUGUGAACUGUCAACGGGGGUCUGGUCUCAUGGUGGAGCAUACAAUGGCAGUGAAACUGUGAAAGUGAGUGAAUGAGUGACAGGGCUCUUUUCAAUGCAGCAAACAUUAUCUUUUGACACAUGGUGCCAAAGUACAUACAUUUUCUGAAAGUUUGGAUAUGAACAAUUGUAUGUAUUUUGUCUUGCUACUAGUGACACACAGCCUCCUCCUUCUGGGUGAGCAUCAAAGCUGCUUUGCCAAUUAGGAUGAAAAGUCUAGGAUAAAAAAAAAAGGCUUAGUUAAAACUCUGAGUGCAAUGUGUGAGAUGGUCUUAUUUACACUGUGUGGUUGUGAUGUCCCGAACAAAAUGAAAAGAUCAAGGUUUAUCUGUUGGUCUGCACCAUGGUCAACUCACAACAGCCUUGAUCAUUGGUUUGCUAUCAUGGCAUAGUAAAUGAAUCAAGAUGAUGGGUUAUGUGAGAUUGCUGAAGAAAACUUGUCCAGGCCUGUGAAAACCAUCACUGUGUAACAAAAGCUAUUGAGUGUGACACGGUAGCCUUCAUGUUUGUGUUCAGGUCAGUUUUCUCUUGACAUAAGAAUAUAAAUGUGUGUAAACGGAGCCAACACUACAGAUCUUUUCUGAGUCGUUUUGAGACAGGAAAUGGCUGUUCCUGUUUACAUCUCUUCAUUUGUGUGUGCUGGGAGAUAUCAGACAGGUUGUGUUUUAAGUGAGGAGUAAGGAGCCCUUGGCUUCACAUUAGACCUUUUUUAAUGUUUAGAAAACAAGAAAGCUCCUCUAUGUUACAGUAACACCUACACUAGAGUAUACAAGUGCCUUACUAAUGGUGAGUUCUAACACAGUAAAACGGAGUGAGAAGAAAUGUGAUAUAUGCACUUUGAAAUGUGACAAAAUUAACAUUAUGAAUUAAAGUUUUUUUUAGUGAUUUUGUACUCAUUAUCUUAACAGCAGCAAAGAGAACAAAUACCCUUUCAUAGCUAAAUUAAAUGUUUUUAUAGAAAUUAUUUUUCAAAUAUUAAACAAACUGUGUUUUUAUUUUAAAGUCUGCAGAAUAGAUGACACUUGAACAGAAAAUAUAUAGAUAUAUUAAUUGUAUUUACUUGUACCCCAUUCAGAUAAUGUAAGUAGAUUGUACAGAAUAUAAUCACAAUAAUAAAGACUGAUUGUUAUAUCUUUAAAAUGUG